AUGAGCGGGAUACGCGGGGUGAUGAAAGAGGGUUGGCAUCCCAAAGGCAAGGAUGGGGGUAGAGAGAGCUGGCGAAGCGAUUUCAAAGGCAUCAAUCAAGUGGCAGGCUGGAUAGGCAUGGGCAAAGACACGAGCAACUCCAGCAGAACCGACCACGUCGCUCCACCCCUCUCGUCCCUCAAGGACCCGGCGUCCUUUGGACCUCCGCCAAAACAUAUCAAGUACCAUGGACCGGCCGCUGUUGCUGAUAGGACGACUCCUGACCGUAGCGGUCUGGGAGCGCCUUUGACACCAGAACAGACUCGCCGGCAACACUCUCAGCAACAGGAAGCCGAGCCUGCAAACAGCAAGCCAGCUCCUCCACCGCGACCAUAUCGUCAGAACACGACAGGCUUGUCUACAGAGGGUCUUCCUCCACCUCCCGUCCGGCGUAAUACUUCUCCAAACCAAGCUGGCGUCGAUGCCCCCGCGACAAAGCCGAAACCGGCCCUGCCUCCCCGACUGCCUCCCCGGAAAGAUUCCAGUACAUCCCAUUCUCCAUCACCGCCGCCAUACACUGAAACCGGGAGUCAAGUGCAAUUGAAUCAAGGGGCAAUAUCUCGUCUCGGCCAGGCUGGCAUCUCAGUGCCGGGGCUGGGUAUUGGAACGAACUCGGCCGAGAGACAAGAAAGCAGUUCUGGCUCCCAGUCUUCGACAAACACGGCGACCAACAACCAUGUCAAUGAACUGCAGUCUCGCUUCUCAAAGCUGUCGACAAGCUCGCAGAACCCGCAGAGCCCUCAAAGUCCACAGAGCCCGGCCAAUGGAACGACCCUGGCAGAGAAACAAGCCGCGCUGCAGACUGCUCAGAAGUUCCAUAACGACCCAUCCUCAGUCUCCGUAUCAGAGGCGCGAAGUGCGGCCUCGACGGCUAACAACUUUCGCGAGCGGCACAGUGACCAAAUCGAAGCGGGAAAGAAGAAACUCAGCGCGCUGAACCAGAAAUAUGGAAUCACGAAGCGCAUCAACGACUUCAUCGAGGACCAGAAAUCCCCCGCAGAGCCUGAGCCUCAGCCCGGGCAGGGCGUCCCUCCCCCGCCGCCUCCUCAUCCCAAUCUGAACCGGUCCAGCUCGAACAUCGACAAGGAAGCCCUCAAUCGGCGAAAACCGCCUCCUCCUCCUCCGCCUGCCAAGAAGCCUGCCCUGCAGUCCGCCCCCGUUCAUACUCCAUCCCCGCCUCCCCCACCAUUACCGCUGGCGACGAAGCCUCGCUGA